CAUAACAAAAAAAACAUCAAAAAUUCCACCCUUUAUAAACUCACACAGUUCUCACACGCGCACACAUCACUUCAAGCUUAACCCAAACCCCUAACUUCCCCCAAACCAAAACCACACUCUCAUCUUCCCAUCUCCACCGCCGCACACAGCGGCGCCACCGUGAACCACCGUCUAAUUUAUAAUUUAUUAGAAAUCUUCGUUUCGAAAUGGCGGCUUCAACCACCACCGACGGUCCCGUCUUGAACCUAAUCAACAAACGCCUCCGUGCUCUCCGUAAGAAACUCAACCGAAUCACAUCCAUGGAAGAAUCAGUCUCUCAAGGAAAACCACUCAACAAGGAACAAGAAGAAGUUCUCCGUUCAAAACCCUCCGUUCUCGUUCUCAUUGACGAGUUGGAGAAGCUUCGUCAACCGCUUUCCGCUGCCCUAACUGAAGAACUCGACCUCGCUCUCCAGAGCAACCGCGAAACCCUACCUGAGAAUUCCGCUCCGAAUUCCGCAUCGAAUUCGGAACAACGGCCGAACCAGAACGAGAACCAGAGCGGUGAUGUGGUUGAGGAUAUUCUCAAUUUGCUUUACUUUGGUUCACUUUUUGAAGUGAAGACGCAGAAUGAUUUUACUUCUACUAUGCUUACGAGGACGCAUGAGCGUGGAUGUUGCUUGACUUAUGAUUACGUUACUGAUGAUGCGACCGAUCUGCUUGGUGAGAAGGAUUUGGACUCGAUCUCUGCGUUGUUUGGGUUGUUGAUUUCUCGGCCUGCUGAUUCAAGCUUUUCGCAUAAGAACGCUCUUCGGAGAUGCAUUGAGCAUGCUAAGUUGUGGGUUUCUAGGGCUCAGCAGCCAAUUGACCCCAAUGUUGAUGUUACAUAUGCUGGUUUGAGGGAAAAGUUGAACAAAAUUAUGUCUUCGGAGUACUUUACUACUACUCCUGAGAUGAAGGCUACUGUUGAUGUUGCUGCUGCAGCUGGAAAUUAUGGCUCAUUUCAGGUGCCAGUGCAUGAUUCUGUGGUUUCUGUCGAAGUAGAAGGUUCUGAUUAUCAGGCCGAGGAGAAGGACGAGAGAGCUGCAAAUUUUCAAGGACAAGGAUCUGGAGAUGAUCCGUCUGAUCCUGAAGGAGAGUUCCAGAAGGAUGAAGUAGAGGCGGAAAAUGCAGUUGAUGUGGCAUCAGGCCAACACGAGCAGGCCAAUGCUCAGGUGGAUACAGAAUACAAUCAAGCAGACGGAGAGGGAAAGGAGCAACAAAAUUACCCUAGGAGGGGGGGUUAUCAGAAUCAAAGAGGUGGUCGCGGUGCUGGUGGUGGUAGGAGAGGUUAUUCAAAUGGCCGUGGAGGUCGUGGUGGAGGAGGCAGAGGAGGGUUCCCAAAUGGCCGCAACCAAUUCUAUGACCAGCCUGGAAAUUAUUAUCCCAGAAACCAUUAUAACAACAGAGGAGGACGUGGAGGCAGAGGUGGUGGCUACUACAGCAACAACGGUGCAGGCGGUCAAGUUAAUCAUGUUGCAGGUGAUGUUGGGGUGCAAUCUUGAUAAAUUAUGACUUGUUCAUAGUGUUUGUUACUAUAAUUGGGGUGGAGGGGAACCUUUUUAUUCAUCUGGUAUGAAACAUGUUUUGAACAAUUUUGUUUGAACUUCCGACAUCCAGACUCCGCCAUUUUGUAGUCGAGUAGCUAGUUAAGCUUUAUCCCAAAUCUUAAGGGAAGAAACUAUUUGUCACCGUCAUGUUCAGGAAUGAAUGUUAUUCUUAGAUUA